AAGCGACGAUGCAGAAGCUGCGCUCGACCUUCAAAAGGUCGCGCACUCCUACGGGAGCAGAAAUGAAGUCCCAAUCUAGCCUCGAGGUGCCCAAACAAAUCAGGUCGGCCUCCUUUGACGAGAUACAGUUGCAGACCCAGCGACAAGACGACCGUACCUCCUCAUCAUCCUCCACGUGUUCUCCGGCGAGAUCGCAAGAAUCGAUGCGCGGCAGGAGAGGUUCUUCGACUCUAAAAGUACCUCAGCUGACCGGUCAGCGUUCCAAGAGCUUAGACGCGUACUCCGCGAGUUCCACUUCGUCCCCGAGUCAACUUCCAGCAGGUGGAAUCGAGCGACCGGAAACUCCAACUAUUCAAGUCUCCGGAUGUUACCACUGUGCCUGCGUCGAGGAGUAUCGGAAUCUCUGGCUGGCUGAGGACAUCUCCAGAGAAGAAGUUGACGCCGGGGAGGUCCGUGAGGCUGAUAGCUCAGAUCUGUCCGAGAACGAAUCGGAGGAUGAGGAGAACAAGAGGGAGGGCAGCCCAGAAAUCCUGGUCACCCUGACAUCAGAUGACUCGUGUGAGUCACAAUACCUCCCAUCCGAGAUAACCAAAGAUACACCUACCGACCCGGACUCCGAGGUCAGACCAGAGUUCCCGGAGAGGCAGCGCAGGCUGUCCAGGCAGGAGGCCUUGACCACCUUCCCCCUGGAGCACCUUUCCGCUGUCGUGUCAACCUCAACUGCGUCAGAAGCGGACGAUGACGACGACGACGAAGAGAAUGAGACCGUCGAGCCGUGCAGGUCCAAGUUCGUCGUACGUGACAUUUUCCUGACCGUGCCGGAGCUGAAGCGAGAUCGCGCCGCUUCCGUGGAUUCGUGUUUCAAUAACAAUAAGAACGGCGAGAGUGAAAAUUAUUUUUCUUUGCGAUCAUUUUUUAACUUAGCGCAGUAGAAUAUACACAUUGUUAAUGCAAAUUAAGUCGAAAAAAGUUUUGUGAGCGUUUCAUGUGAUGAUUCUAGAGGAAGAGAGGAUAGUGGAGAAGAUAGUAGAGACGGGGGUAGUUCGAGUGGUCAUCGUGAACCUCGGUCGACUCCAGAUUGGGGUCCAAAUGCGUUUAAUGGGGAACAUCUUUGGGUACCAACCGCUACAUCCGGUGAUUUCUGUUACGUCAAUGACUGUUCUAAACAUGGACCCCGGUUGAAGUGUCCAGCUUGUCGUGUAGUGGCUCACGCCUGCUGCGUCGGAGGUUUAGAGUUCGCUUGCAAGCCGAGCUUUCGCGAUGUAGGUGUACGUCAGUAUCGCGAGCAAACGACAACCCAUCAUCACUGGGUCCAUCGACGGUCGCAGAAGGGCAAGUGUGCCAAUUGCGGCAAGUCCUUCCAAUCGAAGCUCAGCUUUAGCUCCAGGGAAAUCGUAGCGGUGAGCUGCAGCUGGUGCAAGGCUGCUUAUCACAAUAAGGAAUCGUGCUUUAAUGUACAGAAAAUAGGCGAGAACUGCGAAUUGGGCACUCACGCGUCGAUCGUGGUGCCGCCGUCAUGGAUUGUGAAACUUCCUCGUAAGGGUAGUUUCAAGAGCAGCUUAAGAAGAUCACCCAGAAAAAAAAAAUCUGGUGAUAGCUCUUACCGCCGGAAAAACAAAGAAAAAGAGAAGGAACAAAAAGAGAAAGAGAAGGAAAAAGAAAAGGAUCAGGGAGAGUUGUGGAUCGUUAAACCUAUACCUACGGCCACGGUAAAGCCGGUGCUGGUUUUCAUAAAUCCGAAAUCCGGUGGUAAUCAGGGAGCUAAAUUGCUACAAAAGUUUCAAUGGUUACUCAAUCCAAGACAGGUUUUCGAUUUGACGCAGGGUGGUCCAAAAAUGGGAUUGGAACUCUUCAAGAAGGUUCCAAAUUUGCGCGUGUUGGCUUGUGGCGGCGACGGUACUGUCGGUUGGGUCUUGUCGAUCCUGGAUCAAAUUGGCACUUAUCCAGCGCCAGCGGUUGGAGUACUUCCUCUGGGUACCGGAAAUGAUCUGGCGAGAGCAUUGGGAUGGGGAGGUGGUUACAAAGACGAGCCGAUCGGCAAGAUCUUGAUGAGCAUAGGUGACAGUGAGACCACCCUGUUGGACAGAUGGCAACUGAAGGUUGAAAGGAAUCCCGACUCCAAAAACGACGACGAUGGCGGCAAGGGCAAGGAAAAUCUACCGCUCAACGUCGUUAACAAUUACUUUUCCCUCGGUGUGGACGCUCACAUCGCCCUCGAGUUUCACGAAGCACGAGAGGCUCACCCAGAGAAGUUUAACUCCAGAAUGAGGAACAAAUUGUUCUACGGACAAAUGGGCUGCAAGGACUUGUUGCUCACAAAAUGGAAGGAUCUCUCCGAUUUCGUGACAUUGGAAUGCGACGGUCAGGACAUGACGCCGAAAUUGAGAGAACACCGGGUUCAUGCGAUACUGUUCUUGAAUAUCGCUUCUUACGGCGGUGGGACGCAUCCGUGGAGUGCGGGAAGUGGCACUAGAGAACCCGCCAUGGACGAUGGCUUGAUCGAGGUAGUCGGCUUGACCACUUAUCAGCUGCCUCUUCUGCAAGCACGUGGACACGGUACAUGCAUAGUACAAUGCAGCAAGGCCAAACUGGUCACGACAAAAACUAUACCAAUGCAGGUCGACGGAGAGGCUUGUCGCUUGUUACCAUCCAUCAUAACUUUAAGUAUGUUAAAUAAGGUUACGAUGUUAGCGAAAAGAAGGAAUACGGGAAAGCCACACCAACACACAGCAAGAUUAGACAGGCUAAAGCUGCCCGUGAUGAGGAUAAAGAUGUCGGAUUACGAGGCAUAUCAUCAUAACAAGGAGAUGUUGAAGGAUGUGGCAGAGUCAUGGUUCGCGGAACCGCUCGAGCUUGACGCUGCGAUCGAUUUAGAAAGUCUAAGGAAACUCUUGACGAAAGAUUAUAAUAUGGAUUCGUGCUGUUUCCUUGACUCGUGCACUGCGGAAAGAUUCUUCAGGAUCGAUCGCGGCCAGGAACAGUUGCAUUACGUAACGGAUGUCGCCGUGGACGCUGUAUACAUACUCGAUGAAGACGCUGUGCAACAGCAAUCCAGCGGCCAAGCGGGACCAAGUCAGAUCGUCGUAAGCCAGGAAGUCAAAACCGCGCAAAUUCACUUACCGAGCGACGAACAUCUAAAGGAGAUGCCAGCCGUGACAGAGAAGGCAAAUCGACCGAACGAAGAUACACGGGGACAGGAACAUCUCUCCGUCACCGGGAAGAUCAAACUUUCCAGACAGCCAGAAAGCGUUUCCGAGGGUCAGAACGGUGUCAGGCCGAAGAAUCCGGCAAAUCGGAACUCUUUGGAUGUGUCGUCGAGCGAGAACAAAAACGGCGAGUCAAACUCCUAUAUAAGACGCGAGACCCUGAAGCAAAACUCUCAUGUUGCAAUCGCUCGUGCCGAACAGUCGCAGCAUCAGGCUGACCGAUCUCUCGCUUUUAUCAGCCCUCGCGACAGACUCUUUGGCCUGAACUCGGGAGUUCACGGAUUCACUACUGAAUUACUAGAAAAGAACUGCGAUGAAAUAUUGAGAGCAACGAAGAUCGGCGAUCUACCGACCUUGAAGCAGCUUCAUCAAAAAGGGUACUCGCUUCUGUCGAUCGAUGAAGCUGGUCAAACGGCACUACACCUGGCAUCGAGGCACGGACACAAAGACAUUGUUAGAUACCUUAUUGCCUGCGCCCCACCGACAAUUUUAAACAUGAUCGAUAAUGAUAAAGGGCAAACUGCUUUGCAUAAAGCUGCCCAGAACAAACGUCGUUCCAUUUGCUGUAUGCUCGUAGCCGGCGGCGCCUCUUUGAUGGUAAAGGACCGACACGGAAACACGCCGCAUCAACUCGCGUUGAUGGCAGAGGAUCACGAUCUAGCUGCGUAUUUGCAAAGUCAAGAACACUUUCAAUUGGCGACAGACGAGAUGGAGAGCGAUCUCUGACCUCCAGUGUUGAUCGCCACGGCCUGAACCGCCCUGAACGAAUGUGACGUAAGAGCCGCUAUUAUUGGCGUUCUGGCAACGUCUUUUGCGGCAUUUUUUCCGGCGUAACGUAACGUAAAUCGCCACGUGAUAAUCUGAUAUUCCUCGUCUGUCUACUUGACGUUGACGAUUACGUGUUUGCCAAAUAAUGACGUAUUUUUCUUGUCGAUACUUCGAAAUUUAUUCUCUAAGACACAAUUAUCACAUAUAAUUAUACACACAUACACGGAUACACGCAUACAUGCGCAUACGUACAUAGUUGUUUCCAAUCGAUAAUAAGUCCUUAUUUUUCUCACUCGUAAUCUUGCCCGAGGUUUGUAGCUCUACUUAUAUUCGUAUACUCGGCAAGUGGACCAUUAUCGGUCAGGGAGCAUUUAAAAUUGCUCCUAAGACGAGCAAAUUUAUUUUUCGUACGACAUUUAACGUCUCUCCGGUCCAAAGUGAGACAGUCAGUAUUGUAUAUCUAUAAUUAUAUAUAAAUACAUCUAUUAUAUAUUUGUGGAAAAUUCUACAACAGUCUCAUGCAAAAACAAGUAAACAAAAUGGGUCAGUCAUCAUAUUUGCGCGAUUAAAAGAUGAAGGACUGCUUGUAGAGUUCGGUUCAGUGAAACGAAACGUUAAAUCUGUGCCAAUUGACUGAGUUAUGAAGAAACACUAACAACAAUGCCAAACGAAUAUUGACUGUCUCAUGUUGGAGUAUGUGCAAAAGUAUAUAUAUAGAUAUAUAUACAUAUAUAUAUAUAUACGAAAUGUUCAUAGUCUUCACUCGAAAUGAGUGCUACAAGCGAAUCGAUAAUCUGUUAGUUUUAAUCCAGGGAAAAUAGAGGAUAAUCUUAAUGGGAGAACAAUGAAAACGAAGGUACAUUCUAUAAAUACCAAAAUGUAAAAAGGGAUCAACGUACGAACACCAAUUAGUAGUUAGAUGCAGUCUAUCAACAUUAUUGUACUAUUACUAUUACUAUGAUACUGUUAUUACAAUUAUUUUUCUGUCGGAUUGAUAUAAGAUCUGUAUAAUAUACGUGUAGAAUUUUUGAGGCGCUCAUCGCUUGGAUUUGAGCGUAUUUUAAAGAAAGAGUGCCGCUCACAAGUCAAUACGAUCAUGCACGCAACGAUUACUUUCUUUCGUGCGCCUUAACUGAGCCCAUUUACUUAUCGAUAUUUCUGUGAUCCUCUAGAAACUCAGUUUAUAUUCUAUUAUUUGAAUGUGUGUAAAGAUUUAAUUCAUACGGCGGCGAGUAAAUCCUAUUGCCUUUAUCUCCUUUUAUUCGUAUACCGAUGCUCAAUAGUUCGUAUACAUUUCGUUGCAAAAUGAUAGAGAAAUUAAUAGGAAGCAAGGAAUGUAUCGAAUACGACG